AAAAGAGACAAGAUUAGGAACAUUACCACUUUUAUCAUUUAGAAAAUAAAAUUUUAGUUAAUUAGACAAUAUUUUGGUUGGACGUCUCUGUAUAUUUGUGCUUCUUACAUAAUAAACGUGAUUUUUUUCAAUUGGAAGGAGCCAUAGGCGGCAAAUAUGGAGAUAACAAAGACCAAUUUCAAAGAGAAGUUUGAGGAAAUAGCAAAGGCAAUUGAUGAGGCUACAUUCUUGGCAUUUGAUACAGAAUUUACAGGACUAGACAACCUUCAGCAUGGCCACAUUUCUCCUUUUGACUCAACGAGUGAACGAUACACAAAGCUUCGAAAGGAUUCACUAGACUUCCUCGUCAUUCAGUUUGGCCUAUGUGCUUUUAAAGCUGACACUGAAAAUCAAAGCUAUGAGGCCCGUCCCUUCACAUUCUACAUCUUUCCACGUCCUUACUCACGGCAAGCACCAGACAGGCGGUUUCUUUGUCAGAGUUCAAGCAUUGACUUCUUGGCACAUCAAGGGUUUGACUUCAAUAAGCUUUUUCGUGAGGGCAUAUCCUACCUGACGCAAGCACAGGAACAGAGCAUGCGGGAAGCUCUGAAUGCAAAGCACCAACAGUUUACCCGAUUCUCAUCACCAGCAAUUUUCAGUCCCGAUUCAGCAGAUGCAGGGCCCAGUAAGGGUCCUAUUCAAAUUCCAGAUGAGCAGAAAGACUUCAUUGAAGGAGUUUGUAAGAAAAUUGGAAGUUUUUUGGAAACUGCUCAGGAUGAAGAAGCUAUGAAACUGGAUCCUUGCAAUGGAUUUCAGAGAAAAUUGAUCUACCAAACAGUUCACAGCAAGUUCUCUUCAGUACAUCUUGAGACAAAAACAGGGUACAAGAAGGAACGCUUUAUAGUGGUCACUCGAGUGGGAAAUGAUGAAGAGUUGAAGAAAAAGGAAAAGGAAAAGCAGAAUGCAGAAAUUAUGGAGGUGGAAGAGGCCAUUGGGUUUUCCAAAGUCUUCAAAUUAAUAACGGAGUCAGGCAAGCUUGUUGUGGGGCACAACAUGUUGUUGGAUGUUAUGCUCACUCUCAAUCAGUUUGGUUGCCCUUUGCCAGAGGAGUUGGAGGAGUUCAAAGACAUGGUCAAGUGCUGCUUUCCAAAUUUGUUGGACACCAAGCUGAUGGCCUCAACACAUCCAUUCAGGGAAAUCAUACCAAGCUCUGUCCUGGAAGAAAUGAGAAAAACACUAGAGAAGGAGCCCUUUACCCUGGCCAAGGUUGUGCUGGCUGAUGGCUUUAAGCAUUAUGAGAAUGCAGAGGUGUACCACGAAGCUGGAUAUGAUGCAUACAUCACAGGCAUCAUGUGUGCCACCAUGUGUAACUACUUAGGCGGCAUCAAAAAUUCUGCACAUCCAUUUGCCUUGCCAACCUCUCCAACUACGCAGCCCUUCAUAAACAAAUUGAACCUGAUGAGAAUGGCUGAUGUUCCAUAUCUUAACCUCAGUGGUCCAGACUUGCAGCCUGCAAGAGAUCAUGUGUUCCACCUAACAUUUCCUAAAGAAUGGAAAGCAUCUGAUAUCAACCACCUUUUUUCUCCUUAUGGUACAAUACAGAUAAACUGGCUGAGUGACACUUCAGCAUUUGUAUCACUUCACAAGAGAGACUCAGCUAAUGUUGUCUUGAAAACGCUCUGCCAAGACAAGACCAUGUUCCAGCUGAUACCGAUUCAGGUUUUUAAAGGAGGACAAGCAGCAGAUAUUCCAAGUAGAAAGCGGGUCUCUCUUGAUGCUGACAUCAAGCUUCCUUCCAACAAGAAACUGAAGUCUAACAGCAAUGAAGAAGCCAAGCCACUCAAUCUUGUCACUGUGCCUCUCAUCCCUGAGGAGGCAGAAAUGCCGCUAGAGGAAAGGAGUCAGCGAAUAACACCGAGUCUAUUGUUUCAUCUAGCUCACAUCCAGGGGCAUCAGAUGAGAAACUUUUUGCAGAACCUGUCAACUGGUGACCAUCAGUUCUGUACAAGAGACAGCCUCUAAAACAAAAAUAAAUGGAUGUGCAACCAGCGUUAUACAAAAACUGCUGUGUGAAAUCACUCUGGUGAAAAGACUAUGCAUGUGUUUUUGAGAAAUACAUGAAGAAGCUGGCCAACGCUGUUCAUAAAAUAGUGCAAAAGAGAUCUUCAUUUACCAGAUGUUAUAGACUACUCAUAAAUAAAAUUUCUGAGGCAUCAGACUGGCUUUUAUCA